AUGCACUGCAGCUGCCUGGAUGAGGGCAUCCCUGCCAUCACCUCCCGUAACUUCUGGAUCUCAGGCCUGGCCUUCCCCGACUGGGCCUGCAAAGCCGAGUCGUCCCCGGGCUCCCGGCAGAUCCAGCUAUGGUACUUCAUCCUGGAGCUGCUGCAGAAGGAGGAGUUCCGCCAUGUCAUCGCCUGGCAGCAGGGAGAGUACGGGGAGUUUGUCAUCAAGGAUCCAGACGAGGUGGCCCGCCUCUGGGGCCGCAGGAAGUGCAAACCACAGAUGAAUUAUGACAAGCUGAGCCGGGCCCUCAGAUAUUACUACAAUAAGAGGAUCCUGCACAAGACCAAAGGCAAAAGGUUCACUUACAAGUUCAACUUCAGCAAGCUCAUCGUAGUCAACUACCCUCUGUGGGAGUCGCGGGCACCGCCGUCCCUCCACUUGCUGCUGGGGGCCCCUGCUCUGUUUCGACCAGCCCUGGUGCCCAUGGGUGUACAGAGUGAGCUCCUGCAUAGCAGGCUAUCCACCCAUUGGGCCAUGGCAGAGCAGCUGGCUGGACAGCGGACCCCUCAAGGACCACCAGAGGCCUCCAGGGACAAGAAGGGAAGCGGCAGCAUUGUCCACCGACUUGGCUCUGCCCCAGCCCACUGCCGGCUCAGCCCUUGCUGCCAUUUGGGGAGCCCCCAAGACGAGCUUCCCCGUUUUGCCUCCUUCACCCCUCCCCUGCCACCCCCUGCCCCCUCUGACUGGCCCCACCUCUCAGGGCCUUUUUUGCCCCCUGUCCCCGCAGGGCAGCACUUCCCAGGGUCCUCCAUGCCGGACACCCUGCUCCCAGGACCCGCAGGGGCUGCAGGGGCCCCAGGGGCCCGGUAUAUUCCUGGCCUUCCUCUGUUGGCCGGGCUGGCGCAGGGGGCUGGGGAGAGGCUCUGGCUCCCAAGCCCGAGGCCCGAGGGGCUGGAGGUGAAGCCUGACCCCACGAUGGAUCCCAGAGAGGGCUUCUCCUCAGAGAGGCAGGAACCCUACAUUGUAGAGGAAAGUCCUGUGUCCCCCAAUCUGGAGAACUUCAAAGCAGCGUGGCCCUUGGAUCCUCCUUAA